UGAAUACAGAACUGGUUGUUGCAGGGGAACAAAGAAGCUGAUGUCCGUGAAAUACAGUAGUAACUUGUAGUUAAACAACCAGGCCGCCAUUUUGGAUCAGCCCACGUCACUGGUUUCCACGGUGGGCGGAUCCAGCGCGGCACUUCCGGUGGAGACGUGGCUCUGCUCUGCUGCCAUACUGACGCUAACUAGCUAACAAUCACACAGCCUGUAGUGAGGUGAAUAUUCCCACCGAGCCGCUUCAGAGGGAACAGACACCAACAGGGCGAGAAGAAACGACACACAGAACAUCAUCGAGAAAUAGGAAGAGACCAAAAUGGUGCUGUUGGCAGCGGCGGUGUGCACCAAGGCCGGCAAGGCCAUCGUAUCCCGGCAGUUUGUGGAAAUGACCCGGACACGCAUCGAGGGUCUCCUGGCUGCGUUCCCCAAACUGAUGAACACGGGCAAGCAGCACACCUUUGUGGAAACAGACAGCGUCCGCUACGUGUACCAGCCGCUGGAGAAGCUCUACAUGGUUCUCAUCACCACCAAGAACAGCAACAUCCUGGAGGACCUGGAGACGCUCAGACUCUUCUCCCGCGUGAUCCCAGAAUACUGCCGUGUGCUGGAGGAGAGCGAGAUCUCAGAGCACUGUUUCGACCUGAUCUUUGCCUUCGAUGAGAUCGUGGCGCUCGGCUACAGAGAGAACGUGAACCUGGCUCAGAUCCGAACCUUCACAGAGAUGGACUCUCACGAGGAGAAGGUUUUCCGUGCUGUCAGAGAGACUCAGGAAAGAGAGGCCAAGGCAGAGAUGAGGAGGAAGGCCAAGGAGCUGCAGCAGGCUAGGAGGGACGCUGAGCGCUCUGGAAAGAAGGUGCCAGCCUUUGGUGGAUUUGGCAGUGCUGGCAUGACCAGCGUCUCCUCAGGGUCCAUCAUCACAGACACCAUCGUCGAGCCUGAGAAACCCAAGAUCACACCGACUGCAGUCAGACCAAGUGGACCCAGCAAGGCCCUGAAACUAGGAGCUAAAGGGAAGGAGGUGGACAACUUUGUCGACAAACUCAAGUCCGAGGGUGAAACCAUCAUGCCGUCUACAGGAAAGAGAGGCUCAGAUGUUUCUAAAGUUCUACCACCACCAGUCAAUGUGGAGAGUGUGCAUUUGCGUGUGGAGGAGAAGAUCUCGCUGACCAGCGGCCGUGACGGCGGCCUACAGAACAUGGAGGUGCUGGGUCUGGUGACGCUCCGGGUCACAGAGGACAAAAACGGACGCAUCCGCCUUAUACUCAACAAUAAUGACAACAAAGGACUUCAGCUGCAAACACAUCCCAACGUGGACAAGAAGUUGUUCACAUCCGAAUCAGUGAUUGGCCUGAAGAACCCAGAGAAGUCCUUCCCACUCAACAACGAUGUUGGUGUGCUGAAAUGGAGACUACAGACCACAGACGAGGCCCUCAUACCUCUAACCAUAAACUGCUGGCCUUCAGAGAGCGGAACCGGCUGUGAUGUGAACAUUGAAUAUGAGCUGCAGGAGGAGAGCCUCGAACUCAACGAUGUGGUGAUCAGCAUCCCUGUACCGUCCGGUGUGGGAGCUCCCGUGAUCGGCGAUCUGGACGGAGAAUACAAACAUGACAGCAGGCGAAACGUCCUGGAGUGGUGCCUACCCGUCAUCGAUGCCAACAACAAGACCGGCAGCCUGGAGUUCAGCGUCGCCGGGCAGCCCAAUGACUUCUUCCCCAUCAAUGUGUCCUUUGUGUCCAAACGCAACUACUGCGACAUCCAGGUUACCAAAGUGACUCACGUAGACGGCGAUGGACCCGUUAGAUUCUCUUCAGAAACCUCCUUUGUUGUCGACAAAUAUGAAAUCCUGUAAAAAAUAUUCAGAAAAAAAACACAAAAUCAACAAAAAAAAAUCACCAACGGGAAAAAAAAGUCCAAAUCUAUGCUACAGAGAAAGAUUGAAGAUUUUCUUGCCUGCCCACCCUGUAUACUAUUUCAAAGACUGUGUACAUCGACAGGACUACGCCUCUUCCUGUGGUGGAGCAGAGCAGCGGUGGUGUAUUUAUAUGUUUGUAUGAGAGAGGAUCAUCUAUAUAUAGAGUUAAUUGAACAGGAAAAACCAACAAACACACACACAAACAGAGAAAACCCACACUGAUGCUGUUGUGUUGGCUGAGCAGAACUGUAAAGAGGACUUCAGACUAAGUAGAGGAUGACUGCGGGGGGUCGUCUUCACCAGUAAGACCUGAGGCCACACUGUCAGCCUCCGCUAGAGAUAAUGAGCGCUGGUAGUUUAGCUUCCUCCACAACCUUUUCUUCUUCACACUCAAUGUUUCAUUGAUAAAUCUUUAACUGGGGUUCUUGCUUUCUUUCUUUGAUUUCAGAGUUUCUGAUCCAUAAUAACUGCAGAGUUGUAGCCGUGUCAAUCAUUGUAAUCCGUCGUGAUUUGAUUAUUGAUAUCUUAUUUUUCUCUCUCUUUUCUGAGAAGUAUCUCUGAAUGAAAUCUGGCUCUGUGCUUGGUAUGACGUCUGUUCUGUCUGCGGUUAUCAUCAGCAACACCUGUCCUUUUUAUUUUAAUAUUUUUUACUGUUUGCUGUAUAAUUUGUUUCAUGUUUACCACUAAUCUGGAAUUGAAGUUUUGACAGUAAAGAGCAGGACUGUGGCGAAGUUACACACCAUCUCGAACAUCUUUUACAUCUGUUGGAUUUAUCUUUUUUUUUUCUGUAACACCAUUGCAGCCACUCCUCACUUUGUACAAAAGAGACGCCAUGUUUUUCUCUGGUCCAUUUAAAUCAGAAGAUCAGCUCUCAGAUCUCACGGAGCACAAAUACUUUGAACGCAGCCCAGAAACAACAUCCAAGCCCCCUAAUCUGACGUCCCACCGGACGCCUCUCAGAUCUGGGGUGGUAGGAAGUGUGUUCGCCUCACACACACACACACACACGCACACAGACACAGACACAGACAGACACAGACAGAGUUGGGAUCACGCAGUAAAACUCUGCUGUUCAUCCACACAGUCAUCCUUUACUUACAUUCUCACAGAACAUCCACUUUAUCGACAUAUAACAUUCGUCUUUCAUGUCCUUGUUUUUUUUUUUUUUUCAUUUGUUUUCCCCAAAUUUCAAUUUAGCAAUGGUUGUGUGGACGCCGGGUUGAAAAUGACUAGAUUUGAGCAUUUUUAACUAAAUUACUGAAGGGGAAUCUUAACAUUCCAGUGUACAAUUAGAAAAGAAGAAUCUUUAAUGGAAUAAAAUGUAUUAUUGAAAA